CCAUUUAAAAAACCAUUAACAACAUUCGAUCCAAAAUGUAAAGAAAAACUGGUAACUAGAAUCGCGCCCACUGAUUAUCAAACUAUAUGAUCGCGCCAUAACCUUAGUCUUGGGGUUGUUUAUGUCCUACCGCACAAAAUAUAGGAUCCUCAAAAUAUCCCCCCUGGGAAUAUCCAAUGUAUUAUUGUAUCAUGGGUCCGUCUGGUAUAAGUCUUGCUCUAUAGACUGCUCACCCUGUUUGUGUUGUUAUGUCUGAUGGAUAAUUCAAGGGCUAAUAGUAUGGACAAAGCAAGCCAAGUGAAGCAAAUCUGUGCAAGUCUUCAAAGCAAUGAUAAGUUCAUCAGAAGAAAAUGUUUUCUGGAUUUGAAAAAGUUCCUAAAUAGUCCAUUAGCUGAGCAGGAACUUCGAGACAUUUUCACUCAAACCCAUGUAUAUUUCCUCAAUGGUCUGCGAGAUCCUUCCGAGGCUGUCCGAGAAGAAGCAGUUCAAUUUGUCGCCUUUCUCAUACUGGACAAAUAUCCACUAAGUGACUUUUAUCUCACUUAUGUGUUUCCUAUAUUAGUGGAAAGGAUCGGUUCUCCUGAGUUGGUGGAGGAAUCUGAAGAGAUCAGAUUGAACAUGCUGGCAUUGCUAAAUAAAAUAAUUUUCAAGUAUUCCAAUUGCGAAGAGCUCAGACCUUUCUUGAAUGAUUGCGUUAGCAUCUUGGCAGAAACUAUUAAAGACAAAUAUCCCUCUAUUAAGGACCUUAGCUGUCGUACAAUAAUAUCCCUAUCCAAAGCCCUGCCAAAGGAUUUCCACAUGCAAGCGCAAACCUUACUAAAGCCGGUCUUAUCGUGUUUUUCACAUCAAAGGUUCAAGAUUCGUGUGGAAGCCAUUCAUGCAGUUGGAGAAAUUGUAAUGCAUUGCACUGGUGAUGGACUAAAUGAAGCAGUGAUCCCCAUGGCUCAAAAACUGUUUGAUCAAGUUCCUGCAGUUAGGCAGGCUGUUGCUGAAGUGGCCGGCUAUUGGUUAUUGAAUCACAGAGACCGAUAUUCUUACUUUCAGAAAAUGCUCCCGCUCCUUUUAACUGGCCUGUGUGAUGAAGUGGAAGCCACUAGAAUUCAAGCUCAUGCUUUAUGGCAAAAAGUAGGACAGCAGUUUCAACAAGAAAGCGAAAAAGACUUUAAGGACAUUCUGGACUUUCUAACAGACACCCCAUGUGGAUACCCGACACAUCUUCAACGGCCAAGUUUAGGCUGCCGAGUAUUAGUUCAAAGAAAUAUAGACAAAAUAGCUGGUGCGGUAUCAAAUGAACUCUUGAGUUGGCAAGAAGACGUGAGAGUGAGAUGCAGUCAACUCCUAUGCUCUUUAGUGCUGCAUGGGGAAAAUAAAUACAAUCCUCAAUCACUUUUACCCGCAAUGUAUUCCGCAGCUACUGAUGAUGAUAAAAGAGUGGUGGAGAAUAUUGUUGAAGCCAGUAAAAUUAUCGGUGUGUUUGUGACCUAUGAAACAUGGUCAAAAUUAAUUAUCCCAGUCAUAGAAAAUGAGUGCCACUUUGGGCCUUUAAAGGUUUUAGCUGGUCUUAUUACCGGAGCACCAAAAUCCGAAAUCUCGAAAGGUUUAGAAACGUUAAGCCAAGUGUUGUCUGAAGAUCAAAUUUGUUGCAGUCGAAAGAAACAUUUUCAAUUAGCACUUUUGGAGUGUGUACGAGCGUUAAUGUCCAAAUAUGACAUACAAAGAACAGAUACAGACGAAGAGACUUUAGAAGCAAACAUGGGAUACAGUCUUUUUAAAAUAGUCACAUCUUUAAUAGCCCUCGCCCAUCCAGACAAUCUCAAUAUUAUAAACUCCCAACUGUAUUCAGAACUGCAUGCAGCUCUGGGAACUUCAAAGACUCCGCAAGAGUUAUUUGCUAACCAGUUGUUCAUGCAUAUAAAUUGUGCACCAAAACUUUGGACUCUGGCAAGCGAUAACGCUUGUAUCUUCUUAACUUUGCUGAGAUAUUGUGGCUCUGGAUUUUCUGCAAGUAUGGAAGUCAUAGGAGAUAUUUUGAUUGAAGUUUUGGACACCGACAGUGACGCGGAAUUGAGGCUUAAGACUUUUUACUUGUUGGCUGAUUUAUUCAGUCAGAAAGAAGCACUUUUCAGUCAAGCGGAGAAUGUAAAUCCUUUUAUGGAAAAGCUUGUUCUGGGUGUUUUUGUCCCAUCUCUGAUUUGGCAUGCAGGAGCUAUAGCGCAAUCGAUUAGAACUAUCGCAGUGACUUGCCUGAGCUAUGCUAUAGCUCCAGUAAAGGGAAUAAACUUGUUUAAUUCUUCGGCUGAUUUGAAACCGCUGGUUGAAAAGCUUAUUCCUUUGUUAUUAUCACUCUUGGAAGAUGCUUCACAAGAAAGCAGGAAAAAAUCGAUUGAAUGCUUAACUUUAAUCAAGAAAAAUUGUGUAGAGAAAGACAUUUGGAGCAACGAUGAUCUGAUUAGUAUCUAUCCAGAGGUUUUAAAAAGGUUGGAUGAUCCAAAUCGAGCAGUUCGUAUCGCUGCGUUAAUUUGCUUAGAAAAACUAUUCGUCAAUGUUCCAGAAGAAUUCCGAAAUGACACAUAUAAAGCUCACAGGGAACUUAUCCUUGCCACUGCAACGAUACAUUUUCAAGAUCAUGAUGAAGAUGUUCGGAUAAACGCUUUCAACGUGAUGCAAAUAGUUUCAGAAAUUGAUAACAAGAAGGUCGAAAAUUCUUGUGCAAACAUAUCAGUUUCAUACAUAAACUCCACUAAUAGCUAACUCCUUAUUGAACAAAGUUCAGAGUGCAUUAGCAGCCGAACCAAACCUUUUUUUCAGAAAAAUGAAUACGAAAAUGAAUGUUAAGAACGUAUAUGUUCGACGUUAAUCCUACAUCCCACUGGUAGGAAAUCGCCAUCGCAAAUCGGAGAAAUAAAUGUUUACGGUGAUUGUAGUAAGUUAAGCCGCAAAUUCAACUUCACGAGCUACGUGCCCUUGGGCAAUUUUCUUGUCUAUAUAUACAUAUUUCAUGAAUAAAUGGGAUUUAUCAUCAAUA